AUGAGGCGUGGCAGAGACGCAGGUCGCGAUGGGGUAGGGGAGGGGAGGAGGAUUCCUUGGAAUUCUUGGUUUGCGAUGGACGGGGGGAGGGCGGGCGAGCGGGAGAGAGGCCGUGCGGCGACUUACAGCAGCGGUGCUGCCAGGGACUCUCAGGGGCCGUGCGGGAGGCAGAGAGCCUGA